CCGGCACCGGCAGCUCACCGGGACUCGCAGCCUUCGCCGGGCGGGAGGAGGACGAGGAGAAGCAGGAGCAGGCGGAGGCGGAGAGAAGCGGGAGCGGUCGCGGUCGCGGGUGCCGCCGCGGGGAGCGGAGCGAGCGCGGGGCGGCGGCGGCGGCGGCGGCGGCUCCUCCAUCAUGUCGUCGGGCGGGGACUUCGGGAACCCGCUGCGGAAAUUCAAGCUGGUGUUCCUGGGCGAGCAGAGCGGUGACCCUGUCCAGCCUGGCCUUGGACACUUCCAGGUGGGGAAGACUUCCUUGAUCACCAGGUUCAUGUAUGACAGCUUUGACAACACCUACCAGGCAACAAUUGGCAUUGACUUCUUAUCGAAAACCAUGUACUUGGAGGAUCGAACAAUCAGGUUGCAGCUGUGGGAUACUGCGGGUCAGGAACGUUUCCGUAGCCUCAUUCCCAGUUACAUCCGUGACUCUGCUGCUGCUGUAGUAGUUUACGAUAUCACAAAUGUAAACUCCUUCCAGCAAACCACAAAGUGGAUCGAUGACGUCAGAACGGAACGGGGCAGCGAUGUCAUCAUCAUGCUGGUGGGAAAUAAAACAGAUCUAGCAGAUAAGAGACAAGUGUCCAUUGAGGAAGGAGAAAGGAAAGCCAAAGAGUUGAAUGUCAUGUUCAUUGAGACUAGUGCAAAGGCAGGAUACAAUGUAAAACAGCUUUUCCGACGCGUGGCAGCUGCCUUGCCUGGGAUGGAAAGCACACAAGACAAAAGUAGAGAAGACAUGAUUGACAUAAAACUGGAAAAGCCUCAAGAGCAGCCUGUCAGUGAAGGAGGCUGUUCCUGCUAAUACCAUGUGGCUUCCACCUUUCUCCAGAACAUCACUGCUUUCCCUCCCUGUCCUCUUCAUUGACUGCAGUGUGAAUAUUGGCUUGAACCUUCCCCUUUCCGUAAUAACGUAUCGCAGUUCAUCAUCGCUGGCUGUCUC